AUGGAUGCGGCAAAAAAGGCUUUGUUAGAAAGAACAAUUAAAGCUAGGGCUGUUUCAAGAUCGUUAGUAACGAAGCAAAUUAAAAAACUUGAAGCAGAAAUAGAUAAUAGUUCCGAUAAAAUAAUUGUUAACGAAACAUUUUUACAAUUAGUUGCUAAAUUUGAAGAGAUGUGUAAACUUGAUAAGGAAGUUCAGGAUUUAAUUGAUAUUGAUAAGUUAGAAGAAGAAAUUGAGAGUCGCGAAGAUUAUCGUGAUAAAUUUGUGUUGUGGAAAUCUCGCGCUGAGCGUUAUUUAGCUGCAAACCCGAAUACAGCUCCUCAAAAUCUGGCGGAAACUCAACCAUUAACUACUACUACAAUUCCUCAAACUAGCCCGGUUUUAAUAAACCAACCCCGUUUGCCCAAGCUUACUUUGGAAUCAUUUUCGGUUUUGCUGCAAUGCGUGAAGGCAGAGAUUAUUGGUAGCUCUUCGUCAGAUAAAAUAUUUUGUUUAUUUGAUAAUGGAAGUGAAAAAACAUUUAUUAAGAAAAACUUGUCUCGUAGAUUGGGAUUAAGGGUGUUAGGCUCAGAAAGGUUAAAAAUAUAUUCAUUCGGAUCUAAAGUGCCUAAAAAACAAACUUGUCGUAAGGUAGAAAUUAGGUUGAGGAAUUUAUUGAAUGGAGAUGAGGCGAUGAUUGAGGCAGUGGAAAUCGAAGAAAUUUCUAGAGCUAAUAUUACCCUUCCAAAUCCGGAUACAUGGAAGGAAAUGGAGUCAAUGGGAAUUAGAUUGACAUUUAGUAAUGAUGAAUUGUUUGAAAAUUGUGAAAUUUCAUUGUUAAUUGGUCAGGAUUUUUAUUGGUCUUUAACAAAACAAAUUAAAAGAUUGGAUUCCUCACUGGUUGCUAUUGAUACCAGUCUUGGUUGGUCUCUUCAGGGUAAAUGUGAUGAGCAGAGUGUUUGUACGUCUGUAAAUUUGGUUAUUAAUGAAAAUGAAUUAAUUUCGGCUGAAUUAAGGAAAUUUUGGGAGUUAGAAAAUUUAGGAAUAUUUGACAAGGAUUCGGUGAAUUUAGGUAAUAGAGAUGAAGAGGUGCUUAGUGAGUUUGAUAAUUCAGUUAGUUUUGUAGAUGGUAGAUACCGUGUAAGCUUGCCUUGGAGACCAGGAAUGAGAGAAGUGUUGAAAAAUAAUGAAAAUAUUGCUCGUAAGCGUUUUGAAAGGUUAUGUUGUAGGUUUGGGAAGGAUCCAGAGUUGCAUUGUGAAUAUAGGGAUGUAAUCGAUGGUUACAUUAAGGAAGGUAUAGUUGAGCAUACUUCAUGUGAUUCUUUGAGGGAUAGUACGGGAUUUUUUCUGCCCCAUCAUGCAGUGAUACGCAAUGACAAAUCUACCAGUAGACUGCGUAUUGUAUUCGAUGGAUCUAGCCAUGAAGAUGGGUAUGCCUCGUUAAAUCAAAGCUUAUUUACUGGUCCAAACUUACAUCCUGAUAUUCUGGAACUUCUACGUUUUAGGGAAAAUUCUAUAGCGUUUGCAGCUGAUGUAAAAUCUGCAUUUCUUCAAAUUGAACUUGAUAUUCCUGAUAGAAACUUUACUCGGUUUUACUGGGCAGAUAGCUUGAAUGGUAAUCCCUACAUUUUGAAUUUUGCCAGAGUUCUAUUUGGCCUUAGGCCUAGUCCAUACCUUCAUGCAGCGACUUUGAAACAACAUUUUAGAAAAUACAAGGAACAGUUUUCAGAGAUAUUUGAGUUAUUAAAUAGCUCGGUUUACGUCGAUGAUCUAAUUUUGGGACAAAAUAAUAUUGAAGACGCUUUAAGUACUUCCAAGGAGUGCUUGCAAAUAUUUAUGUUACACAAAUGGACCACUAAUUCGGAAAAUCUUGCUUUGUUAUGGAAACAAGAAAGUAUUGAAACACGGCUCUCUAAAAACACGUUGGCUGAUUCCAAACCUUCAAUUAAAGUUUUGGGACUAUCGUGGGAUGCCGAAAAUGAUCUAAUAUAUUUUGAUCCGAAGGACCUUUUAAAAUUUCUGUCACGACUUGAUUGGGANUUUCUGUCUCGUAAAAUAGAAUCAAAAAGAUCAAUUUUGCGUGUAGUCGGACGAAUCUUCGAUCCUCUCGGUAUACUAGGUCCAUUCGUCAUUAGAUUGAAAUGCCAUCUGCAGGAACUGUGGUCUGCAGGACUUGAUUGGGACUCGGAUCUUCCCCCUGAGCUACACCGCACGUGGCAGAAGUGGCGUAGUGAGGCGGAGGACUUGACUUAUAUUAAGAUACCACGUUAUUAUUUGGGUGAACCGAAUAAAAAAUUUAUGAAUUUGGAAAUACAUUGCUUUUCCGAUGCAAGCAAAAUAGCUUAUGGAACAGUUCUUUAUUUGCGCUUUGUUACUUCAGGUAAUAGCAUAGAAACUAGUUUUAUUUGUUCGAAAAGUCGUGUAGCACCAUUGAAAUCGCUAACACUGCCACGAUUAGAUUUGGCAGCAGCCCUAUUAUCAGCCAGGUUAGCCGAACAAGUAUCGUAUUGUCUUAAAUUUGAAAGCAAUAUAUAUAUUUGGACUGACUCACUUAUUUCGUAUUAUUGGAUACGUGGUGAUCCUUCAACCUUUAAACCAUAUGUCAAAAAUCGCGCUGAAGAAAUUCAGACGUUUUCUAAUCCAAAUCAAUGGGGACAUUGUCCAGAAAGGGACAACCCCGAUGAUAUUAUUUCACGAGGUACAUCCGCUACCAAACUAUUGCAUAGUGAUUUGUGGUGGCAUGGGCCAGCAUGGCUCAUGCAACCACCAGAUCAAUGGCCAAACCUCCAACUCAAUUUUGUUUUGGACUUUAGUUCAAAGGAACUGGAACAUCGCUCCAAUGUCCAUGUGACUAUUACCAAGCAGAGAGAACCAUUUGUCGACAUAAAUCGAUUCAGCAGUUUAAAAAGACUCUUAAGGGUAACUGCUUGGGUGUUACGAUUUGUGAACAAUGCUCGAAAUAUUAAUAAAUCUACAAACUCGUGUCUCACGGCGGAUGAGAUACAAAAUGCAGAACAAUUUUGGAUAAAAAGUAUUCAAAACGAAUUUUAUACAGAGGAGAUAUCGACUUUAAAGGACAAUAAGCAACUUCGAAAGAAUUCUGAAAUAAAAACUUUAGUGCCAUACUUAGAUAAGGACAAUAUAUUGCGAAUUACCAGUCGAUUAAAUGAAGCAGAUUUGUACUUGGGUGAAAAGCAUCCAAUAAUUCUUCCUCGGCGUAGUAAAUUCGCCGAGUUGCUUGUGAUUAGGAAACAUGAACGUAUUGUGAACAUUGUGGUGUAUCGGCAACUUUGA